AUGCGCUCGCCACUUUUCUUGCUCUGCGCAUUCAUGUCUUUAGCAAUCGCUGCUGAAGUGCACAUGUCUGGCAACAGAGCUCCCACAUCUCAAUUCGCAACACAUGGUGUUGCAUCCCAAUUACCCUGUCGCGACCAGGCCAUCCACACCCAAGACCGCGUCCGCGCUCGACAAGCCGCGCUAUCGCAAAUGCUCGGCCACAGCGCAAAGGCAUCAAUCGUCGAGACCGCAUCUGUCAACGUCAAGGCAUUUGCCAACGGCGGCAUGAGCUUCCUCUUCGGCUUGGCAUCCUCAUCCAACGACGUUCUCGACUAUAUCAAUAACGGUACCACUGUAUUCUCGAGAAGCGUCACCGGCGAGGAAGGUAGCGCGGCUUCAGGGCGCAAGCAUGUUGCUUAUACCAGCAUCGCUCUCGUCCUCGUCAUGCUCUUUUUCGCUGUGUGGAUGUGA